AUGACCAAUGAGCAGCGCUACCUCGGCACCCAUGCUGCCAAGCAGGUGCUUGGGGUCUGUGGGGCCACCCUCAGACAAUGGGCCGACUCGGGCCUCAUCACCUCCUUCAAGACCCCAGGGGGCAAGUACAGGUAUCUCAUCGACAACGUCAUCUCAGGGGGCUCAGCGGACACAAGGGCCGAGGAGCUCCAGAGGCCCGCAACGGAGAAGCAGAAGGUCUGCUACUGCAGGGUCUCAAGCCUUGGCCAGAAGGCCGACCUGGAUCGCCAAGCCCAGUACAUGCAGUCCAGAUACCCAGAGCACACAAUUAUCCGAGACAUCGGCUCAGGCAUCAACUUCAAGAGGAAGGGCCUUCAGACCAUUUUGGAACUCGCAUUCAGAGGCCGCCUCGAGGAGGUUGUGGUUGCCUACCGUGACCGGCUGUGCCGCUUUGCCUACGAAUUGGUCGCCUGGAUCUUUCAUCAGCAUGGCGUCAGGCUCGUGGUACUCAAUGAAGAGGAAGGGCGGACGAUCCUGAAGCGCUGGUUCGGUUGUGCCAGGAAGACAUACAACAUGGCCCUCGAAGCGCUCAAGAAGCGCACAGCCCACAAGCGGACGGAGGCUUGGCUCAAGAACCGCUUCACCAGGGCCUCUAACGUGUCGAAGGCCAAUUCGUUCCUCCUUGACACGCCGACUCAUGUCCGGGACGGGGCUAUUGCUGACUUGAUGAAGGGCCUGAGGAACGAGGUCGCAAAGAAGCGCAAGAACGGCUCUCACGCCUUCGAGAUGAGAUACCGGUCAAAGAAGGAAGUUCAGAGCUUAUAUCUGGAGAAGACGGCCAUCAAGAAGCUCAUCCAUGCAGAUUCCCAUUCUGACUUCCUCUCGAUGUAUCCGACUCACGUCACCAAUGCAAUUUUCCUUAUCUCCAAGAAAGCCUCCUUACUGAACUGCCGAGGCAAAGUUUCCUUUGACGCGCGCCUCGUGAUGGACAAGCUGGGUCACUUUCACAUCCACGCCACUGUUGAGAAGGAUGAGAUCCCUUCCGAGAACCAAGGAAGGGGUAUUGUUGCUCUUGAUCCAGGGGUGAGGACUUUCAUGACCGCCUACAGCCCAUCCGACAACGUGGCCUUUCAGAUCGCUCCAGGGUGCAUUCAGCGCAUGGUUCGGCUCGAGCACCAUAUUGACCGACUGCGCUCAGAGAUCUCUCUGCUUCCUCCUCAAUGCAAAGGACGAGCUCGUAGGAUGCGCAAGGCAGCCUUAAGGCUGCAUAAACGAGUCUCGAACCUCACAUCUGAGGUGCAUUGGAAGGUGGCACAGUUCUUGACCGAUCGGUUCCAGACAAUUGUUCUGCCCCCUUUUGCAACUCAAGAGAUGUGCUCAAGGACCGGGGACAGACAAAGGAGGAUCGGCAAGAGCACGAGCCGCAAGAUGCACCUUUGGGGCCACUACACGUUCCGCACAAGGUUGGCAAUGAAGUGCAAGGAGCGUGGAUGCGAUCUGAAGGUUCUCGAUGAGGUGUACACAACCAAGACGUGUACGGGCUGUGGAUGGGUCCAUGACACGAUUGGCGGCUCAAAGGUCUUCCUUUGCCAGGGGUGUGGGUUGGAGACGGAUCGAGACAUCAAUGGUGCAAGGAACAUCUUCCUCAAGCACCACAAGCGCCUGAUGGGGGGCUCACUGCCCUCCUGA